CGUCAUCAAAACGGGACAACGUUGACGCAAGAGAGUGGCGACGCGCAUCAAUUUUAUUAUUGCUGGUGUACGUUUUCGUAUUUUGUUGAUUUUAAGUUUCACGAGGAAUUAUAGAGGCGGUUUGGUACACAGCUGCCUACUCCUUCAUUACACCAUUGUCGUCGUCAACGGUAUCCGGCCAUGUUCCACAACAGUUCACAGGGAAAAUACUGGAUCUUUAAAAGUGACAACGAAGUUGAGCAGAAGCGAUACAAGGCCAACCAGAAAUUCCGUAACAAGAUACUAGAAAGUGGGAAGCCUGGGCUGAGUGAGUCCAAGUUCUUGGAGCGUCAUGAGGAAGACGUUUUAUUCCGACACUAUGAGAAGAGGAUGCUGGACUUCUGCAAUGCUUUCAAGCCUGCAAUGCCCAAGUCUGUUGUGGGAACAGCUAUCAUGUACUUCAGAAGAUUCUACCUGAACAACUCCAUUAUGGAGUACCACCCUAGGAUUAUCAUGCUGACAUGUGCAUACCUGUCCUGUAAAGUGGAUGAGUUCAACGUGUCCAGCACCCAGUUUGUGGGCAACCUUGUGCAGGAGACCCCGGCAGGGCAGGAAAGGGUUCUGGAGCAGAUCCUGGAGUAUGAGCUGCUGCUGAUCCAACAACUCAAUUUUCACCUGGUGGUGCACAACCCCUACAGACCGAUGGAGGGCCUGCUCAUCGACCUCAAGACAAGAUACCCCACACUGGAGAACCCUGAGUCACUGAGGAAGAGUGCUGAUGACUUUCUGACACAGGCAACCAUGACAGACGCAGGACUGCUGUUCCCCCCCUCUCAGAUCGCUCUAACAGCUAUACUGAACAGCGCCUCGAGAGCCGGUCUCAGCAUGGAGAGCUACCUGACUGAAUGUUUGGGACUGAAAGAGGACAAAGAGACUCUGUCAAAGAUGUAUGACUCAAUGAGACGGAUGAAAACCCUCUUAAAGAAGUAUGAACUUCCCAAACCAGAGGAGGUGAAUGCUUGCAAAAAGAAGUUGGAGAGGAUUCAUGCUGAAUUUGCCAGUUCAAACAACAAACGAAAGCGAGGAUAUGAAGAAGACGGUCAUGUAGCAAAAGAACCACGUUUAACAGAAGAGGAAUGGACUGAUGAAGACCUGGCAUGAGCAUUUACCCCAAAAUGGUUUUGGAUUUAAAGUUAAUAUACUAGUUAAUUUCAAUAUUAAACUGUCAUGGUUGGAUGACCAAGCCAUUAUGUAAAGCACAGUGGAGUGUCAUAGACAGUUAUAUAGUUGCAUAUGUGUACAUGUUGUAUUUACUUUCUACGGGAUAUUGUAGAAACUUGAGUUUGCUUUUGUCCUGCAGUAAGAAUAAAUAUAUUUUUCUACA